CUGGCACAACAUCUCCACUGAGCCAAGAGGAACCAGGACUCCCCGGAGGGUCCAGCGCUCUGCGUGGCCAGAUGUCGGUUCAGCCCUUUGUCUCAGUGCCCAGCCAUUCCAUACCUCCGCAUGCAAGACCAAAUUCGUCUCUGUAAUCGGAGCGUCGUCUGCCUCAUGUCUAAGUGAAGCUGAAAUGAUGCUUGGACUCCAAGAGAGCGCCUCUUCAAAACUUUACCAUUGCGUGGCAUGUACUGCCACAUUCACAGCACUACCUGCCCUGCUUGUCCAUCAGGCAACACAUGCAGAUUCCAUCUCCAAUGUUCUCCCUCAGACCAACAUCGCCCCUUCAGCGCCGCAGUUUGCAAACACCAUGUCCGCCGGUGUUCUCGCCGUUACACCAGCAACACCCUCUGACACUACGCCAUCUUCCUUUUACAUUUGUGACUGUGGAGAACAGUUCCUGGACUUCAAUUUGAUGCUUGAGCAUAAACGGACUCAUGUGUCUCAAACACAGUCGGUGCCCCCCGCGGAUGAUGCAAACGCCCUCUCGGGCAAAACGGUUGGGGAUGGCGUCCCUUCCGCUUCAUGGUCCCCGCCUGCUCAUGAACCCCGUGAAGCAGAUAGAAGCCUGGAGGGUGGUGUUGCCAUAGCAACCACUUCUCCUGACUACUUUGCAGUCUCUCAAGAGGAUGCUGAGGAACAUCUUGACAACAUAUUCGAUCCAACUGUGCAAAAAGAGAGUGCAGAUGAUUCUUCCUUGCAAGAGGAGUCUGAUUUAAACCCUGAAAAUGUCACCCACUCCGAUAAUAAUGGGCCUUUAAUGAAGGUGGGAUCUGCUGCUGACAUGAAACACUUCCCUGUCCUUUAUUCUGCACUCAAUCUGGAUGAUGAGGAUGAGGUGGCGGACGUAAUGGCACAACCAGAGGCUGGAACUGUAAAAUCGGACACAAAAGCAGCGCCAAACUCUGAUCUCUCUGUCGCUCCCAUGAAAAAACUUCUGUCCCAAUCCAGCCUCACGACCAAGGCGCCACCCAUAGCUAAAAUCUUGGAAUCUAGUCGGGAGAAGAUUGUUUCUCUGACUAAGUCCUUCUCUCCAGUAGUUGUUCUUGAAACCCGUCAAAAGCUGAUCGAUCCGUGUAAUGAAGGAACAUUUGGAAAUAUUCAGUGCGGCCGUUGCCGGCGGCUCUUCAGCAGCAUGGACAAACUAACAGAGCAUCACUUCCUGCACAAAAAGGAGCGAGUUAAAUGUUGCAGGUGCUGUAAACAGCUCAUAAUCGGGAAAUUGCCUUUCCCCAACAAUCACAUAUGCCCUCUGCUGCCCAAGAAGCCCAUUCAGCUGCCAAGGCCCUUAGAAAACCGGAAGCUUCCUGGCCAAAACCUGUUUUCAUUACACAGCAACAACACAAAAAAGGUGUACUUUUGUCCAGUAUGCAAGCAUACUUAUGCCCGGAGGUACAACCUAAAGAAACACAAGUGUCAGGGUCCUCUCCCUCAUCAAGUGUUUGUACAGCCUCUCCCCUUCCUCGGGACUAAGAACAUAGGCGUGGGAACUGAAGUCGGUCGUCUGACUUCAGUGAAGGUAGAGGGGGGUGCUCCUGAAUCAAAACCGCCCACCUCAGAUUUAUCAUGGGAUAGUUCUUUGGCGCCUCUUGCACUGAAACCUUCCACAAAGGAGAAUCACAGUGUUCUGGCCAGCGCUGUUGUGAAGCAAGAAGACGACAGUUGGGAGGCAGCAGCGAAUGAAAGCAGUAGUGAAGGUCAGUGGACCAUGCCUUUAGAUGAAGACAUGGAGUUGGACGGUUCCUCCAAGAGUACCAACCAUCUGAAUCACCCCGCGACCCCUGACCCGGCAUCAACGGCCUUGCGCCUUUUUAACUGCGACGGCCCUAGACGUUACUCCUGCACCCGGUGCCAGAAAACGUACACUCGGAUCAAUACUUUGAAACGGCAUCUGAGGCUGUGUGGGUUCAGACCGCAUGGACAGAUGACACUUUCCCUCAAUAGCGGUCAACGCUUCAACCUGGUGAACACCACGAACAGGCCAAUGCACUCUUGCUUCGUAUGUGGUCGUCUCUUCAAUAGAAAAGACAACAUGAUGACUCAUAGGAAACGGUGUCAGUUAAAACACCGAGUGGAAAAGGUGGAUGAAACGAAAGCACCGCAAAACAUUCUACUUCAGUCAGCUGAGGGGCCAACUCAGGAAGAUAAUGGAAACAACUGGAGCAUCAUGUCAUUGCCGUCUGUCCUUCCCAGGAGAGUGACGUGUGAGUGCGGUGUUGGGUUCACAUCCCCGAAGCUUCUUUUGCAGCAUCUCCAGAAACAUGCUCAGGAAUCCUACACUUGUCCGACAUGUGGGGAGACUGUUAACUCUUGGGCAGACUACGAGGUUCACCUGCAGAUCCAUAUGCAAUCUCACCUCCAACAAAUGACGGGGCGGAUUAAGCCAUCGCAGCCGCUGCUGCUGAGGUUUCAGCCUCAGCCAACCCCAACGAUUCCCCGUCUACCGCCCCCUGCCGAAGCCCCGCAGCCGCGACAGAACCCAGCACCGACUCCUAUUCCUCUGAAAAAGAAGCUGAGAAUUCUUUGCUCACGAUGCGGAAACACUUUUGCCUCCCGCUGCUCGUUGCGACGGCACCUCACGCUGAAGCGAUGCAAAGACACACGAGUGACAAUGUCGACAGCCAACCCACCUAAAGCUCUUCAUUGCACACAUUGCAACCUUGACUUCCCCAACACCAUGAGUCUGAUCUUCCACCAACGGAGUGGUGCUUGCAAACCCACCAUCAAGCCGGUGCGCUGCCACGUUUGUCUGCGCUGGUUCGCCACUGUUGAAGGAUUGCAGAAACACAUGCUGACUCACAAACAGUCGACUCAACAGUCAUUUCGCUGCGAUAUUUGUCAGGGCACAUACUCGAGUCUCAAAUCCCUGAAAAAUCAUCGCAGGAGAAUCCAUCGCAUCCUGGUUGGGAUGCCUCUUCCAAAACCUCAAGAACCAUUGGCUUCUCAAUGAACUGUUUUCUACACUGUUUUAGUUCUGUGUUAGUUCUGUGUUUAACUUUAACAGUGAUGAAUGAGAUGUUGUGCACACAUGUAAAUACAUUUUGUUAAGUCAUUGGUUUUGCUAUUGUAAAUAAUUUAAUAGCCUUGGUUCAAUUCAUUUAGGUAUUGAGUAUGGCUGUGUCAUUGCUGAAAUAUUUUUUUAAUUAAAAAAGUAUUACGAUAGGAAAUGGUGAUCUUUUAUCAGUUGUCAAUAAACACAUUGUACUACAUUUGUGUAUAACUGCUUUCCGUGGCUCAAUGGUGGUAAUCCAAAAACUCUGGUGCAAAAUGUCUUCGUUUUUAAGUUGAAACAACUCAGUUGCUGGGUCUUUGUGGGUCUGUUGUGGGUCAGCUGUCGAAGCAAUAUUCCUGGAUUUACAACAACCACAUCUGUCACAUUUUGUCUAAUACUUUAUAGAGAUAUGACGUCUAAGGCUUUUUACAUUUCCUUAGCCAUCAUGGGAGUUUGAACUACAGUUCUGUGUUUGAACAAAUAACCAGACCUCUUGACCGGUGGAUAUUUGCACCAAUUCAA